GGUUCUUUGAGACUUGAGACCGCUUAUGUUAUGGAUCUGGAAGGUGGAAGAACUCGUCGAAAUUCUUCCAAGAAGGACUCGUGGAGGACUGUUCUGACACUGGCAUAUCAGAGCCUUGGAGUUGUUUAUGGAGAUUUAAGCAUUUCACCUUUAUAUGUAUUUAGAAGCACUUUUGGUGAGGGAAUUGGUCACUCUAAUACAAAUGAAGAGAUUUUCGGUGUUUUGUCUUUGGUGUUUUGGCCUGUGACACUGGUUCCUUUAGUUAAAUAUGUUUUCAUAGUGUUGAAAGCGGAUGAUAAUGGUGAAGGAGGUACUUUUGCACUUUACUCUUUGUUGUGUAGACAUGCUAAAGUCAAUUCUCUUCCGAAUUGUCAAUUGGCUGAUGAAGAACUCUCUGAGUAUAAAAAAGAUUCUUGUGGUGGUGGUGGUUCUGGUGUUUCAUCUGAUAGAGGUUUUGCGUUUCGGCUUAAGUCGACGCUUGAGAAACGCAAGGUUUUGCAGAAGAUUUUGCUUAUUCUUGCUUUGAUUGGUACUUGUAUGGUUAUUGGUGAUGGUGUCAUUACACCUGCUCUUUCAGUUUUCUCGGCCAUAUCAGGAUUUGAGCUUUCAAUGUCCAAGGAAAAUCAUGCUUAUGUAGAAGUUCCAGUUGCAUGCAUCAUAUUGGUAGGCUUGUUUGCGCUUCAACAUUAUGGCACACAUAGGAUCGGCUUCUUGUUCGCACCGAUAGUUAUCAUAUGGCUAUUUUGUAUCAGUGCCAUUGGACUAUAUAAUAUUUUCUUCUGGAACCCUCAGAUAUACCGUGCACUCUGUCCAAUUUAUGCUUUACGAUUUAUAAGGAAAACUCAGACGGGAGGUUGGAUGGCCCUCAGUGGAGUUUUGCUCUCCAUAACAGGAUCAGAAGCCAUGUUUGCUGAUCUUGGACACUUCUCACAAUUAUCAAUCCAGAUUGCUUUCACUUUUGUGGUAUAUCCAUCUUUAAUUCUUGCAUAUAUGGGACAAGCUGCUUAUCUAUCAAGACAUCAUGAAGUCGAGCAUGCGUAUCACUUUGGGCUUUAUGUAUCUGUUCCAGAGAAUUUGAGAUGGCCUGUUCUUGUGAUAGCUGUAUUUGCUGCGGUUGUGGGAAGUCAAGCCAUCAUAACCGGAACAUUCUCAAUUAUCAAGCAAUGUUCUGCGUUAAAUUGCUUCCCAAGAGUUAAAGUGGUUCACACACCAUCCAAAAUUCACGGUCAAAUAUAUAUCCCUGAGAUCAAUUGGCUAUUGAUGCUCCUGACCUUGGCUGUUACCAUUGGUUUCAGAAACACACAGCAUCUCGGUCACGCCUCGGUUUUGGCAGUUAUCACAGUGAUGUUGGUCACCACCUGUCUGAUGUCACCGGUUAUUGUACUAUGCUGGCACCAGAAUGUUCUCCUUGCGCUCACAUUUGUUCUCUUUUUUUCGGCACCAUCGAAUCACUCUUCUUCUCCGCUUCUCUUACAAAAUUCCUACAAGGAGCAUGGGUGCCGAUUGCACUGGCAUUUGUAUUUAUGACUGUCAUGUAUGUUUGGCAUUUCGGCACACUCAAAAAGUACGAAUUUGAUGUUCAAAACUAGGUUUCCAUCAACUGGCUACUCGGCAUAGGUCCAAGCAUAGGCAUCGUACGAGUGCGUGGUGUCGGCCUC